AUUCCACUCACACAGAAACUAACACAAGCCCCUGGCAGUGCUAUUCUUUGUGACCGGUGAUGUGGAAUUUGGAAAGCGGGGAUGGGAGCGAGGUGGAAACUGUUGUUAUGCUCCUUUCACUGGUUGUCACUUGCUUAAUGCACAACUCAUUUCAGUGCUGGCAUUUAAGGUUUAUGAGCAGUUAUGUGCAGAUUGUUUGAUUAUUACUUUUUUCUUUAUUUUAACCUAACCGAUUCAGAUUGUGUGUUUGGUGUGCCGUCUACCUCUACAGCACACAGUCUAAAAACAACAGAGCCCUUGAGAGAGGGAGAGUUACCCUAGCAGUGGAUGGGUCGGUUGCCUUAGAAAGGGCCACCUUGUGUGUGUAGGGAUAAUACUGUCAGAGGAGGGAUUUAAAACGCUCCUGUUCGCAAUCAAAGCUUUACGGUAGUCACACUUGGGAUGAAUGUGCUGAUGUCAGGCAUUACAAAGUUCAGCUGAAGCAUCGAUAAGUUACCAGUCAAAUAGAAACCAACGGACAGCAGUGCAUUCAACAAACGGUGCACAAUAUGACCUUUGCCUGGGUGGUGGAGAUAAGCCCUUCCUUUCUUUUUCUUUUUCUGCCUUUCCCUGUUUAUCCAGAGUGCGUGUCUGUUGUCCAUGAUGAUAAAAAGACGGGGGGUUGUAGUAGAUGCGGGUUGUGGUUACAGUGAGAGAUUCUACGAAGAUUAGCAGCUGCCUUUCACACCUGAAAGGGUCUCGGUAAGACAAGAUUUGUCACGUAGGUGGAGUCAGUGCAGUUAUAGGAAGGGUGAAAGAAGAGGGUUUUACAGAAAAGUGUGAGGGCAGAAAGCAGAGCCGUUGCUGGCUCAACAGGGAGGAGUGUAAACAAAAGUGACUUGUUGAUUUUUUUUUCUUCUUUUUUUUUAUACAGAAGAGAGUUCAAGCUGUGGAGGCUCACACCACAAACCCAGAAAGGAAGUGUGAUAACCAGUCCGAGAAACAACUUUGUAACUUCAUUUUUUUGUUCUGUCUAGACCCUGCAGGGCACUCUAAAACAGACAUGAACGGAGACAGGAGCAAACAGCGUUAUGUGUCAACCUUCAAGCUUCAGCUCCAGCCAUCACGUCCCUCAUGUGCACAGAAAAAUGGGACAAGAACAACAGACAUCAGGACUUCUGGAAAAUGUUCGGAACCAGAUUCAUCAAAAAAUCUGCACCCACCUGUAUUCAUAAAGCCACUUGAAGACUGCUGUGUGGAUGAAGGAAGUGACUUAGUGCUAAGAGGAGUUCUCACAGGAAGUCAGCCCAUCAAAGUUACAUGGCUGCACAACGGUGAAAGGGUGCGUUUUGGAAACUCCUCCUUGAAUGGCCAUGAUGUAAGUUUUGUGGUGAGGGAGUGCUUGCCAGAAGAUGCUGGGGCUUACACAUGCUUGGUUGAAAAUGGCGCAGGGAGAACAUCCUGCAGUGCAGCUGUGUUUGUUAAAGACUUCGAAAGUAUGUACGGUGUCACAAAGAUUCCCACUUCUGCAUUCAAGAGCACUGUACAAAAUGGCCAGUCUUCACAAACCUCCAAAGCUGAGUUGCACAAGAGUAAUGGAUCUAUUUGUACAUCGCCUGUAACGUUUGUUCAGCAGAGCCCAGUCUCUUCACCGAAAGCAGUCAUCCCAAAGAAGAGAACCAACUCAACAGGCCCAGUAUUGAGCUUUCAAAAUCCACCCCAGCAUUUUGAAGUGAAGGUGGGACAAACUGCCAAUCUGACUUGUUUUUUUACCGGAAGCCCCCCUGUGGUAUCCUGCUGGAUCAGGAACAAAGAACAGAUAGUUGACGGUCCAGAAUUGCGGACAGAACAUACAGAACAGAGCAGUACGCUGGUCAUAGCAGAGGCUACGGCGCAGCACACAGGACGCUACACUGUGGUAGUGAAAGACCGCAAAAGCUCAGCCCAACACACGCUUACCCUUUCUGUCAUAGACCGUCCAGAGCCUCCUGCUUCGGGCCCGGUGGCCUCUCUCUUAUCUCCAUCCAACCUCGUGCUGUCCUGGUCGGGACCCUGUUACGACGGCGGCAGUGCUGUCCUGGGCUACGUGUUGGAACUGAGAGACCAGGGACUUUCUGAGGCUGGGAAGUGGAAAAAACUCACUGCCAAGUGUGCCAGCACCUCAUACCAAGUGUCAUCCGGGCUGCAACCAGGACAGGAGUACUGUUUCAGAGUGAGGGCUUACAACGCAGUGGGGGAGAGCGAUCCCAGCCCAGUUUCAGCAGUGGUGAAGAUGGAGGAAUCAGAUUCUAAGAAAACACAAGAAGAAGCCAUUCAAUACUCCUGUGUCACUAUUGAUUCUUCCCACAAAGUUACAGAUCACUACAACUUGCAUGAGAAAUUGGGAACGGGAAAGUUUGGCUUGGUGUUCAAGCUCACCCACAAGGAGACGGGCCAUGUGUGCGCGGGAAAGUUCUACAAAGGACGGCGAGCCAAAGAGAGAGAAGCUGCUCGUAAAGAAAUCGAGCUGAUGAAUCACCUCCACCACCCCAAGCUGGUUCAGUGUCUGGGAGCAUAUGAUCAUAAACCAGAGAUGGUCAUGGUAAUGGAGUUUAUUGCAGGUGGGGAGCUCUUUGAUCGCAUUGUGGAUGACAGCUUUGAGUACACAGAGCCUGGCAGCGUGCGCUGCAUACAGCAGAUUCUGGAGGGGAUCGCCUUCAUGCAUCAGCAGAAAAUUGUCCACCUGGAUCUGAAACCUGAAAAUAUCGUCUGCGUUGACACCACUGGCACUUGCAUAAAGAUAGUUGACUUUGGAUUAGCUUGCAAACUUGAUGGGAACACGGCUGUGAAGGUGAUGCACGGCACUGCUGAGUUUGUAGCACCGGAAGUUAUCAGCUACGAACCUGUGUGUUUGGCCACUGACAUGUGGAGCAUCGGCGUCAUCUGCUACAUCCUGCUAAGCGGUGAGUCUCCUUUCCAGGGAAACAGCGAUGCGGAGACUCUGGCCUUGGUCACAGCAGCUCAGUGGGAGUUUGAUGAAGAGAGCUUUCAAGAUAUAACUGAGGAGGCCCAGCAUUUCAUCAGCUCUCUCCUAAAUAAGGAUCCCAGGCGGAGGAUGUCUUGUGAAGAGGGUCUUGCUCACCCCUGGAUGAAGAAGUUUGACUCUGAAAACCUAUCUUCCACAAAAUGUCUGUCGAAGGAGAAGAUGAAGAGGUUUUUAGCCAGGCAGAAGUGGAAGAAAGCUGGCAAGGCUAUGCUAGCCCUAAAGAGAAUGGCUUUGCUGUCUAAAAAUGAAAGCUCUGCAUCUCUUCCAAGCACUGGUAAGGACCUUCCGCUGAGCCCUGAGGCAGAAGAUGCACUGGAGUCUCUGGAGCGUAAGAUGCAGGGACCACCCCAAUUUACCAAGAAACCGGAGGACCAGAAAGUAGCUCGGGGCUCCUGCGCCCGGCUCUCGUGCCACCUAAGUGGAUAUCCUGAUCCAGAGGUGGUGUGGCUGUGUGGAGAUGAACCUGUAGAAGAAUCAUCCACUGUCCAAAUAGAGUACGAUGAUGAUGGACACUGCACCCUGAUUCUUUCCAAAGUUAAAGCAGAGGAUGCAAAUGUUUACACCUGCAGGGCAACCAAUGACCACGGGGAGAUAUUCUGCACCGCUAAACUAACAGUUUUAUAAUAGAGUCAGUAUAUCUAUGUAUGCAAAUGUACAAACAUGAGGAUAUAUGGUGAAUAUAUACAGUGAAGAAGCCAAAUGAGGAGUGUUCUGAAAAGACCUUGGUGCAACUGAAAGCGUUUAUCACACAUCACUGCAGAUACUUCAGGAAAGGUUCCUGCAUGUAGUUACGAAACAUUCUGUUUGAGUUGAUACUUCCUUAUAUGUCUUGUAAAUAUUUAUACACUGAUUUAAACACGUGGUUUCAGAUAAUAAUGUGAACUAUGGAUUAUAGCCGCACCUGCUGAUAAGUUGACAUAUUAGCUAUAAGAGAAGAAAUGGCCAAAAAUGAAACUGCUGGGGUGAAAUUGUGAGGAUGUCAUCAUAUUUUUUUCAGUUUUGGUGGAACAUUAUUAAAAUGUCUUUAGUCUAAAAUAUUUUACUUAAAUGAGUAUAAUCACCCUUCAUUUUAUUUUUUUUAAAAAUGCAUCUAAGUCAGGUGUAGUGUAAGAACCUGUGAGAAACUGUGU